AUGUUAGCCAGUCCUGGGACCGUGUGUGACUCCAAGGCCAAUCUCAAGUAUCUCUCAGACACUCCAGCAGCACCAGUAACACCACCUCUUGCUUCUUCUCAACCUCCACAACCCCCUCUGUCUAUCCCCCCUCUCGCUCCAACUCCUGGGACCUCCAUCUGGCCCAGCUUCUUCGCCAUCGAGCGUCGAUCUUUCCAAGAUGACCUCGCGACCAUCAUCGAUGUUCUUCGAUCCCACGAAGACCACGGUCUCAGCAUCAAAUUUGCCCACCAAAUCGCCCACCGAACCAACUACCCCGGCGACAUGAACUACCUCAUCAACGCGGUCAAGGACUCCACCGCCACCAAGGAACAUAUUGCCCGCCGACACCUGCUCGCCAACAUCAAGAGCCUGACUCGCAUGUUCCUUGACUACGAGCGUGACCAGGCCAGUCCCUGUUUCGGUAUCCGUUUGACUCUAAUCCUGGAUCUCUGCAAGACGCUGGAACACAAUUUGUUGAGGGAGGCGUAUUCCUACGAGGAGGAUGAGACUGGGUCUCGCACGGCGAGAUAUGUGGCGAAAGCGCUGGAAUUGGUGAUUCUGCAAAUUGGUACUUUGACGCUGGAUGGGAAUGUGCAGGCUGAUGGUCAGGCGGUGCUGGCUAAAGGGCUGGCCAGGAAGAAGACGGUCGAGGUUGAGGCCAAGGCGAAGAACCAGAAGCUGUCGCGGGAGGGACGCGAGUUGAAGCGAGCCUGGGAGAUGAUGCAGUUUGCGGGGAUGGUUGGCGACGAUGACUGCUUCUGCAAGGCUUGUAAGGAAGAGGCGCAGGCUAAGGUGAAAGGUAAGAGGGGAGACCUCGCUGCUGCUGCUGCUGCUGCUGCUGCUGUUUAUGGCAUUGAUUUGGGGCGAGACUGA